AUGGCUGACCAAUUGACUCCACAACAAAUUGCUGAAAUCAAGGAAGCUUUUUCCUUAUUUGAUAGGGAUGGGGAUGGCACCAUUACAACAAGAGAGCUCGGAAAUGUCAUACGAUCAUUAGGUCAAACCCCAACAGAUCAAGUGUUGCAAGAUAUGGUCAAUGAAGUGGACAUAGAUGGAAAGGGAACAAUUGAGUUCAAUGAAUUCCUGAGUAUAAUGGCUAUGAGAGUAAAUGGCCAAGAUAUUGAAGAAGAAAUGCGUGAGGCCUUCAGGAUACUAGACAAGGAUAACGACGGGUCAAUCAGUGAAACUGAAAUGCGGCAGAUCAUGAAAGGCUUAGGGGAGAAAUUAACAGAUGAAGAAAUUGACACAAUGUUCAGAGAGGCCGAUAAUGAUGGAGACGGACUAGUGAAUUAUGAAGAAUUCAAGGAGGCUUUCUCCAUGUUUGAUAAAGAUGGUGAUGGUACCAUUACAACUCAAGAGCUGGGCACUAUCAUGAAAUCCCUGGGCCAGAACCCAACUGACCAAGAGUUGAAAGACAUGAUCAGUGAAGUGGAUGCAGACGGGAGUGGAUCGAUUGAUUUCAACGAAUUCUUAACCAUGAUGGCUAAGAAAAUGAAAGACACCGACACUGAAGAAGAAAUUCGUGAAGCCUUCAAGGUUUUUGACAAGGACGGUGAUGGGUCCAUCAGUGCCGUUGAACUGCGGCAGGUCAUGAAGAACCUGGGGGAGAAAUUAACAGACGAAGAAAUUGAUGCAAUGAUCAGAGAGGCUGACGUAGAUGGGGAUGGACAGGUCAAUUAUGAAGAAUUUGUGCAGAUGAUGAUUUCAAAGUGAAACCUCUUUUAGGUCUGCAUGCCAACAUGAUAAAUAACCUGUUAGUAAAGAAAGAUUCUUUUUUUUGUAGUUUCAUUCCAAAAACCCAAUUUAUUUAAGUCACAGGAAUGCUUCUAAUAAUUUUUGUGUUCACAUUUUAGAAAUUGCCCGCGCAUUAAUGCCUAGUUUAUCAAGGGUUUUUAUUAGUUGAUAAAUGAACACUGUAUACUGAGCACUAAAUUCACUCUCUUAUCAAAAUGUUUAUAUGUGUGUUAAUAUAAAUGGCAUCUGUUAUGCACAUGACAAGAGUGGUGGCAAAACAAAUGUAAGAAGCACACGAAACAUAAACUUGGCUAAUCUAAA